UGUUUUUAUGGUGUUAUUUCAGGUGAACAAAGAUGGUCUACGAGCUUCCUGAGUCAAGCCAGUGAGCUUUCGUGCGAGCCUGGCAAGGUCAGACGCAACGCCACUUUUCUCCAUGGUACUAAAUCCGGGAAUUUUACCAAAUUAGGAAAGGUUUCUGAUCUGGAAGUUUGCACGCUACUAUGCUGUGAGCUGGAUCGUUGUCAGGCUGCGUUUUUGGCGGGGACCAACUGCUAUGCAGUCACGUGUUUCACAAAAAAUCAUUGUGCGACUGUGCCAGCACUGAACAACAAAUGGCAGCCAAUGGUUGCUUUUGUGAAACGAUUUAACAAAGUUGCUCACGUGGAAGCAGGUAAGAACCGCUUGUUGACCUGUUUUGGUUUUUUUGUCUGUUUCUGCCUUUUUUUUGGUAAAAUAGACAAGUUUCAUAUCUCCACUGUAUAUAAAAGUUCAAUAAGAAAAUGAAUUUAAGAAAUUAAAAAAUAAUAUGAGUACAUGUUCUUCCUAAUCUUGAGGGGAAUAUUUUUCUGUUACCCAAUGUGUUGGUUAGUAACCUUGUAAGAGUCUACAAGAGUUAAACCUGUCAACUAAACACUGCGUUUUCAUUUUUGCGUAAUUCAUUUUAUAGCAUCAAAUGAUGAGUCACAAAAUGACCAGGAUGCUGCUGUGCAUGCUGGGAAGACGUAUACGGAAAGUAAAGAGGAGUCUGAAUCCCAUUCUACUGGGGCGAAGUCCAAAGAGGACAUGCGACUGAAAAUGUUCUCUAAAGAACACAAACUUAAAGCGGCCUCGAAUAGUGGAGUAAGACUCACAAUAAAAACUGACGGAAAAACGGAUGGCGUUCAACUGGAAGAGUUACAAAAGCAGACUUCAUUACAUAAAAAAGCAAGUAUUAGUUAUUGCAAAGUCACUUUCUUAACAUAGGCUCUAGUUACUAGUCCCUACAAUAGUUUUCCGUUUCUCCGUAUGGGGAAGACAUGUAGCCUGCCAAAAGGCAGUCGUCUCUCCUCGCUCCUCAGUGACAUUUCGAGGGGAAUCUCUCCAGCGCGGCCGCGAAACGUCUCUAGCGGCGAGGAGCGAGGAGCGAGGAGGGACGGCUGUAUUUGCAGGCGAGAAGACAAGAAGUCCUAAAUUUUAAAAGUAACUCAAUAAUACUGAGAAAAGGAUUUUUGGGAGACCUUGUGGCAACCUUGUUCACGGGUCUUUUUCCUUUGAAGGUAAAUAAGCCAUGCCCACUUUACAAGCACGUGGUUACCUUCAGUGAAGUGCCUUCCUGUUAUAUUACCAAACCUCCGUCAAUUGUAGAGUCUGCUCUUGCUUUUCGUCUAUCUGUGUUUUAAGUUUGUAUAAUAUUUCAUUUCUUUCAGGUUGCACAUGCCCAGAGACAUUCCGCUAAGUAUAACCUCGUGUCAGCGGCAGUAGCAACUUGUUUAAUGGCUUUCAUCCUCAGUGGGUGCGCUGUUGUCGCUGCUAAAAUUCGCAAACAGAAAGAAAGCACCACUGAUUACGCUCCAGUGCCAGACACGCAAGAAUGA